GCAACCGAGUGGUUAGAGUGGAAGGCACAUGAAGGAGGAAUUUUUAUACGCCACCAAAUGAACAAUACAGAAAAACGCGUUGGUGAAAGAAAAAUACCAGUGGAUGGUUUUCACGGUCCUUCGCAAACAGUCUUUCACUUCCAUGGCUGCUGGUGGCAUGGGCAUAUCUGUCAUCUUGCUAAAGGAAAAGAAAUGAACGAAAAGAGAAAAAGACCAAUGGUGGAGUUACUAGAAGAAACCAAAGAAACCUCCAAGUACAUCAAGGCUCAGGAGUACAAUCUUGUGGAAAUCUACGAGUGCCAGUGGCGUAGAAUUAAGAAAACCAACUCACAAGUUCAGCAGUUUCUUAACUCCAGGUUUAACCGCCUUCUUGAUCAUCACAAGACUCUGACACAAGACCAGAUCUUAAGCGCUAUUAGAAGCGAAUCCCUCUUUGGAGUGGUCGAAUGUGACGUUCGAGUACCUGAUGCACUAAAACCUAAGUUUGCAGAAAUGUGCCCCUUUUUCAAAACAUAGAAAUUUCAAGAGAAGAUAUUAGUCAGCACAUGCAAACCUUUGCUGAGGAAGAGAAUAUCAUGUCACAACCUCGAAGAAGUCUCGUUGGUAGUUAUUUUAGUGAGAAGAUCUUAUUGGCCUCCCCACUCAUUAAGUGGUAAUGGAGCAUGGUCUGGAAGUGACUCAUAUUUAUCAAGUAGUGGAGUAUACACCCUUUCCCUGUUUCCAACCCUUUGGGGAAGCUGUAUCGGAUGCUAGACGGGCUGGAGAUGUAGACCCAAACAAAGCCAUCAUCGCAGACACUAUGAAAUUGGUAAGUCGUUCUCCUAUUGAGGGAAAGGAGGAAGAAAUACGUUUUAAGGUACAAAAAACUCAUGCCAAUGUUGCCUUUUCGUAGGUGGGGAACUCGCGUUAUGGAAAGACGAUCACAGAUCGAGAACGCCAUCAAGAAGUCCAGUUUGUUGAAGAAACUAAAGCGUCCCGCCUAAUAAACAAACCCUUCUUUAGA